AUGGACAAGCUUGGCGAGCUAGUCUAUCUGGGGCUGACUCGCCUCCAAGUCGUCCUGCUCUCAAGCCCUCUAGCAAGAAGCUUCAGGACCGAGCAGUCAUGUUCAUCGUGGUCAGGCCACAAAUUCGGCCCCGUGUCAGUCCAGGGGCUAUUCAACACCCACUACAUCGAGCCCAUGUUCCUCUGGUGGGGCAUGAACACCCGCAUCCUGCUCGGUCCGUCCGUCGGCCGCGUGCCCGUGCGGGACUCGUUCGGCAAGGACAUGACGAGCUGCAUCAACGGCGCCUCUCACAACUAUGCCGGCUCGUAUCUGUUGACCAAGGGCGCGGAAGCCGUCCACCGCCUGUGCCUGGACAAGAUCCCCGUCACGGUCGACUCGGGUCCUCUGUACGAUGCGGCUCGUCGGGAGCUCGCCGCGUUCUGGUCGGCCGACUUUUGCGUCCCCACCACCACGGGCUACGGGUCAAACUAUCUGGCCAUGCCGCGGGUGCUGGCCAUGCUCCGUCAGCGCGGGGACACGGUCGCCGUGUUUUGCGAUGAGCACUGCCACAACUCCAUCUUCACCGGCGUCUUCCUCGCCAUGGGCCAGCUGGACGGAGUGAGCAUGCGCCGCUUCGCCCACAACGACGAUGCCCAGCUGGAGGGGAUGCUGCGCGACAGCACAGCCGCCGUCAAGCUGGUCGUGGUCGAGGGCCUCUACAGCAUGGAGGGCAGCGUACCUCCGCUGCGGGAGCUGGCCAGGCUCAAGGAGACCUACGGCUUUGUCCUCUACUGCGACGAGGCGCACUCGUUCUUGUCGCUCGGCAGGACGGGCCGCGGUUGUUUUGAACACGCCACCGACUCUGGGCGGAUAUCGAUCCCCGACCCGGUCGACCUGCGCACCUGGACUCUGUCCAAAGCCGUCGGCGGUAUCGGAGGCUGCAUCGCCGGCAAGGCGGAAUUCGCAUCGUGCUUUGACAGCGUGCCACCCCAGCCCAUCUCGGCCGCCACGCUGGUCCAAGCACUGUGGGUCAUGAGACAACCCGACCUGGUCCGCCGGAACCUGGCCCGCCUCUCGGCGACUGCCGACUAUUGCCGUCGCGAGCUUGCCCGCCGAGGCGUCUUUGUCUUUGGCGGUCCCAACGACGCCACUCCCAUCGUUCCGGUGUGGACUGGAAGGUCCAGCACGGCGGCGCGCUUCUCCUACGAGCUGCGGCGCCGCGGCGUCUUGGCCAGCCCCAUAACCACCCCCGCCGUUCCAUUCUGGGAGAGCCGCGUCCGCGUCAACCUCUCUGCGGAUUUCGACGCCGCAGAUGCGGCCAAGCUGGUCUCCACCAUCGUGGACGCCGCAAAAGAGACGGGAGUCAUCUCGCGGGCUGGCACGUACGAGGCUGCAGCAGAGCAAAAAAUGCGCCUGGCCCGAGAACACAAGAGCAUGGCCUCCGACGAGGCGCCCGCCGCCUUUGCCUCCAUCGCAGCCCUCAUCCACCAGCAGGCGCAGCUCCAGCCGCAGACCAGGACCCAAGCCCUGACCAACGUCGGCCACGCCGCCCGCCAGCGCUACGGCGUCGCUUCCGGCGGCUCGCGCUGGAUCUCGGGCACCUUCCCCCCGCACGUCUCCGUCGAGAGCCUGGUCGCCGCGGCCGCCGGCGCCGAGGCGGCAAUGACCUUUCAGGACGUCGGCGUGCUGGUGGCCUCGACCGUCGCCGCGCUCGCGCGCCCCGUGCUCGGCGCAAAGCGGCACGUCAUGCUCGUCCCCGCCCGGCCCGAGAGCGCCCGCGUCGAGGACGGCCUGCUGCUGAUCCCUCCGUCUGCCAUGGCCGGGGGCCGGCUGCGGGUGGUGCGGUACGCCGACGUCGGGGAUCUGGCCCGCUGCGCGGUGGAGGCUGGCGGGGGCAAGAAUACCUGCGUCACUCUGUACCUGGAGCUGACGGACCGCGUGUCGGUAGAGGCUGUGCGGUCGACGGUCCACGAGGCGGUUCGGCUGCUCGGCAACAGGGCCAUAACCGUUCUGCUGCGCGACGCCCGGACGGCAAAGUCGUGGCCUGAGAUUGUCAACCUCGCCGAGGUGAUUCCGCGUGGCGGACGCAUCCACGGCCUGCUGUUCGGGACGUGCGUCGCCGCCGACGUCGAGGUUGGAUACCUGGCCGGGUCGGAGAGUCUAAUCAGGGAGCUGCGGUACACGAGCCGCGGGUACAUGUACACCACCUCGAUGCCGCCUUUUGUGGUGGAUAUGAUGGUUGCCGCGUUGGGUGGGCAAGCAGGUCGAUAA